AUGUUUGAGGAGAAGCAAAAGCAUGACAAGAGGGAAGGGCUAAGAGAGCAACGAAGAGCAACAUGGGAGAGCGAGAGGGAGACGCAUAGAGGGAGGUGAGCGGAUAGGACAGAGACAGGCCUCCGAUUCGGAGCUUGUUGCACGGCUGGUGUGGAUGGGCGAGGAGGCAGCAGGCUGACGCCGAGUGGACGGACAGUGACAAUGUGCAACGAGUGGGGGAUUUAAUAUACAUUACCAACUCGGUAACCCAAGUGUCAAACGGGACGCAUUAGUUGGAGGACAAUUUGUUGAACCGCAGACCACAGUGGAUUAACAGAAUGGAUUCAACAUUUGGUUCAUUUGGAGAUUAACUGGUGACGGCACGGCCACGGACGGCGGGCAGCACCGAACACGGCUGGACGAAGAAGUAAAAGAGGAAUUUUCCUUUUUUUUUUCUACCGACAACAUUUAUAAUAUGAAUUGACAUUAAGUCUAGAUAACAUUUGGAAUUUUCCAAAAUAUUUAUACAUUUUUUUUUACAGAUAACCUUUUCUUUUCUAGUAUUUACUCCAGAAGUAAACGUUUGGACUUCCCAAGGUAAACCCCCCCCCCCCCUCCCCCCUCUAUUCAGUCCAAAGUGGCCUGCUGCUUGGAUGAUUUACGAAGAAAAAGGGCUUCUCUCGCUGAAGGGGAUUAAUCUGGACAUCACUGUAUGACGACCUGAAGAAGACACCGUGCACGUCCCUUGGACCUCCUGUGCAGAUGAUACCACCAUGGAGCCCCGGCACAAGCAAAGCAAAGUUCUAAACCCACUGCACCCUGCCAGGUUGGCAGUCCUGAUAAGGUGUUUGAGCCAUGUGGUCCACUGAGAGCAUGGAGCCAGACAACGCCCACACCCAGAGAAGCUUCAUCAACAAGGUGGACGUGCCUGACCAUGCUCACUACAUCGUUGCUGUAUUUGUCGUCGUCAUCGGGACGCUGGGCAUCACUGGCAACGCGCUGGUUAUGCUUGCCGUCUAUAGCAACAAGAAACUCCGUAACCUGCCGAACUACUUCAUCAUGAACCUGGCGGUCAGCGACUUCCUCAUGGCUUUCACACAGUCCCCCAUUUUCUUCAUCAACUGUCUCUACAAGGAAUGGGCGUUUGGAGAGACGGGCUGUAAGAUAUAUGCCUUCUGUGGCGCUUUGUUCGGCAUCGCCUCCAUGAUAAACCUACUGGCCAUCUCCAUCGACCGUUACCUGGUGAUCACCAAGCCUCUGCAGGCCAUUCACUGGGGCUCCAAACGAAGAACCACCCUGGCCAUCCUCCUGGUCUGGCUUUACUCCUUGGCUUGGAGUCUGGCUCCUCUUGUUGGCUGGAGCUCUUAUAUCCCGGAGGGCCUGAUGACAUCUUGUACAUGGGAUUAUGUCACGUACACACUGGCCAAUCGGAGCUACACAAUGAUGUUGUGCUGUUUUGUCUUCUUCAUUCCAUUGGGAAUCAUCUUGUACUGCUAUCUCUUUAUGUUUCUGGCUAUUCGGAAGACCAGCAGGGAUGUGGAGCGAAUGGGGACUCAGGUGAGGAAAUCCACCCUGAUCAAGCAGAAGUCCAUGAAGAGUGAGUGGAAGUUGGCAAAGAUCGCCUUUGUCGUCAUCGUGGUUUACGUCCUGUCCUGGUCCCCGUACGCCUGCGUCACACUGAUCUCCUGGGCUGGUCACGCCGACAUCCUGUCUCCCUACUCCAAGGCUGUCCCUGCUAUCAUAGCGAAAGCCUCCGCCAUCUACAAUCCUUUCAUCUACGCCAUCAUACACAACAAAUACAGGAUGACUCUGGCGGCAAAGUUCCCCUGCCUGAGGUUUCUGUCUCCCACUCCUCGAAAGGACACCUCCUCCUCCAUCAGCGAGUCCUCUUACAGGGACUCCGUCAUCAGCAGACAGUCCACAGCAUCAAGGACUCACUUUAUUACGGCGUGCCCUGACACGGUGUUUAAAAAUGUAGGGAUGGAGCCUUUGGGACGGAAGUCGGGGGAUUCUUUCAGAAGCAUACCAUCAUACAGAGGGUCUUCCAGAGGCAGGUCCUAUAAGAAAAGAAUAGAGCAGAAGAGCCAGGCCCCGGAGAAGCACCCAUCCACCAUUAGUGAACCAUCUAGCACCUGCGAGCAUGAACUGGUUUCCAGCUCUCUCACCGUCGCCUCUCUCCCCUUACUGGUUCUUACAAGGAAACGCAGCCACAGCCUGACCAGUGACAUUUCAGAUGCUUGGGAGAAGAAAGGCGGCGUCCGCGAUCCCCACAAGAGCAACUCUUUUGAUUCGCUGAAUUAUAGAAAAAUCUCAUCCGCCGACAGCGGGUCACCCCAGGGUGUCCCGCGCAUAAUCGUCAUCAGCCCCACAUAUGAGAGCAGCCUCAUCAAGCAUGACAGUUUCUGCUUAGAGGACAGUGUUGAGGCAAUGGAGAACAAUGUUUUUGUUAGUCUCAACUUCUCAACAGAAGUGUUUGAGGCUGUAGAGCUGCUCCCGUGACCAACCGGACCUGGUUGGGCAAUAAAUGUACCGGCCCAGAUUUGUUUUUCUACAGCAAAAAUAAUCAUGUAUGCCGACACCUUAGAUAACCGGAGAAAUCAGGCGAAAACAAACAUUUUGUUGUUAUGUACAGUUUACAGCAUCUUACACACAUUUCAUGUAAAUCAGCUGAAGACGGGAGAGAAGACAUCAUCAAGCCCCUUUAAUCCCCAAUUGCUGGAAUAACUCAAAGGAAAGAAAGCGCAGCAAUAACUUCAGUCUGUGAAGACGGUUUCUUUUGAAUAGUAUUUAAAGUACACAUUGAAGUCUUGGUAAUGGUUUCUUUGGGCAGCGUGGACUCCAACUUUUGUUUGGCAUAGAGACGGUGGAACAAAGAACAGUUCAUGUAUUGAUGGAAUAACCGGUCAAAAGACUCAAAUGUGUCUGAUAGAACUACAAACAUUUUCCUCGUGGUGACUUUAUGUGUCUUGCUCUUUGCUGACACAGUGCUUUGUAGAAAAUGCUCCACUGUUUCCUUUGUGUUUGCUCCUUGGGAAAGCUACUGCGUUGUUGCCAGAAAAGGAUUCACCAGUAAUGUAGAUUUGUGUACAGUGCACAUAUGACAAAAACAGCUUGCCGAAUUAGUAUUUUUAUGGGAUGUUAAAUUAAUGAGACUUCUGAAAAAAUAUUUUUUUUAGACCCAUAACCGAAUCUCUGCAGCGAGUGAAUGGCCACUAGUCUUGCUCUUGUUAACUGUUUAAUUAUUCCUGCAAUUAGUGUAAUUUCUUCCUGCAAGACUAAUCAGCAGCAAUUACUGCAAAAUUAUGAAAAAAAACUUGAUUAACAUCUGUUGUCUACAAUUGAUGUCUGUAUCAUCUGUGUUUUAACAUUUGAUACAUGUGCAUCUGUUGGUUUUAUACCAGCAAAGAUUGUGGUUUGGGGCAACAUAGUUGAGGAAAUUGGUUUGCACUGUUUCAUGUUUGUUUAUCUGAUGAUUAAAAACUCUGAAUCCACA